AUGGUCUUCACCUCACCGGCGUGGGCAGGCCAGCUCCCGCCGAUCCCUGAUGACAUCCCGCUGAGCGAGUUUAUGCUGAGCGAACAUCAUGGCCGACUAUCUCUUGACCGGUCAAGCAACCCGUUUACAUGCGGGGUUACAGGCAAGACAUUUUCGUCCAGAGAGACUGUUGACCGGGUUGAUCUGAUCUCUCGGGCGCUUGGGAGGCGGUUGCAAUGGGAUGCUGAGGCUGGGAAUGGAUGGGAUAGGGUCCUUGCUAUCUUCUCCUUCAACAGUAUUGACACUAUGCCUGUCGUGUGGGCUGCCCACCGACUGGGCGCCGUCGUGACCCUCGCGAACGCAGAGUACUCGGUGCCUGAGCUGGUGCAUCAACUGAAAGACUCCAAAGCAACCGCAUUAUUCACCUGUAGCCCACUCCUCCCGGCAGCUAUAGAAGCCGCAAUCAAAGCUGGCAUUCCAGAGUGCCGGAUAUUCCUCCUCGACGUGGCGAUGCCCGGCCCACGAACGAGUUUCAGGUCCGCCUCGCAGCUGGUAGAAGAAGGUAUACAUCUGGCACCGAUCGAGAUGCAGCGAUGGCCAGCCGGUGAGGGUGCACGAAGGACGGCCUUCCUUUGCUAUUCCAGUGGGACAUCAGGACUCCCGAAAGGGGUCAUGAUCUCGCAUUACAACGUGAUAGCGAACACGCUUCAAAUCGCGACCUUGGAGCAAACGUACCGCGCCAAUCUACCUUCGCCCGGGUCCGAGACUGCGCUGGGCCUGCUACCACAAAGCCACGCCUACUCGCUUGUGGUUAUCUGCCACGCCGGUUGGUAUCGCGGCGAUCAGACUAUUGUCCUCCCGAGAUAUACCUUCGCGUCCUACAUGGCCGCUAUCCAGGAAUUUAAGAUUUCGUCACUAUUCCUGGUCCCCCCCAUUAUCAUAAACAUGGUCCAGAAUACUGAGCAAUGCCGAGCGUACGAUCUGAAAAGCGUGCGGUCGGUGUUUACCGGCGCCGCCCCGCUGGGAGAAGAAACCGCGCGGAAGCUUCAGGAGCUGUGUCCCGGGGUAGUCAUUCGGCAGGCAUACGGGCUUACCGAGACCUCCACCGCGGUUGCGGCAACCCAUCACGAGGAUGUUUGGCUUGGCUCGUCCGGCGUUCUGUUGCCGGGGGUCAAGGCUCGCCUCGAAGACCCACAAGGGAGGGAGAUCACGACGUAUGAUACACCCGGGGAGAUUGUGGUUUACAGCCCAGGCAACACGCUUGGUUAUCUGAACAACGCAGAAGCAACCAAGGAAACCUUCCAGGACGGCUGGGUUCGCACUGGAGAUGAGGCGGUCAUCCGGUUAAGCCCGUCAGGCAGCGAGCAUAUCUUUAUCGUGGAUAGAAUCAAGGAACUCAUCAAGGUUAAAGGCCUACAGGUCGCCCCGGCUGAGCUCGAGGCGCAUCUGCUCACGCACCCCUUGGUCGAUGACUGCGCGGUGAUCGCAAUCGCACACCCAUCCAGUGGCGAGGUGCCUAGGGCCUUUGUCGUUCUGAAGGCUGGUCAUGAUGUCGAGCAGGGAAGGGCUGCCGAGCUGAUACAGAAGCAUGUUCAGGACCACAAAGCACGCCAUAAGUGGCUGAAGGGCGGGGUCAUAUUUAUUCGUGCUAUCCCGAAAAGCCCAAGUGGGAAAAUCCUCAGGCGGCAGCCGCGGGACAUAAAGAAGAAAGAAUCCAGGAGCAGUCGCUCAAAGAUGUAG